AUGCAAGGUAUACAACAAUUGUCCCCCUUCCCCGCAGCGGAGGGUGCUGGACAGUCUUCCUUUGAGCAGGAGGGAGUCGAGGUCACGGCGGGCCCGGAGGCCAACGUCGGCGGAGUGAAUGGAAUACAGAUACGGAAUGACAAUGAAGCGAAUGCUUCCCACAAACCCUCGCACAAAACCUCCAAGGUGGAGAAGCGCACCAGAAGACCGAUGCCUUCCAUCCCAGGUCUCUACCUCCACCCCCUCCCUACCAUCGAAACCCUCAUGACCUACCCUUCUCUCACCCAACCUGUCUACCACAGCCUCCUCCGCGGCGAACCGCCAGCCCGCUCAUACCGGACCGUCAUCCACACCCCUAAGCCGCGAGAUAUGCGCGUCCUCGACGAGAAUCUGCUCCGUUCUUCAGAAGUAUCGGCCGCCAGAAGGAGGGCGAGAGCGAGUUCAGGGCCUAGAUCGAGGUCCAGCACGGGGUCCUCGUCCACAGACAGUUCGGCGACUCUGUACUCGGCUGCUAGCUCCUUCACUACGGUUGUGGGAUCUGAAUCUAGUGUUUCCGAUGUGGAGAUCACGGAGCCGUCCAGUCCGGCGGGAAGCGUCUCGUCAACGAGUAAAGCUACGAUUGCUUCUUCUCGCGCUCACUCUCGGUCUCCAUCUCCGUCUGCUUCACCGUCGCAGCAGUAUGCAGUUUUCCCGAGUUUGAUGGCGCAGGAUGCCACGCAGCCCGGGCAACCGGCCAAACCGGUCCUUGCCCCUGUGGCGCUGUCGCCCGUGUCGUCGUCUGUGGAGAGUGGGUUUUUGAGCAUGUAUGAGGACGCGGCUGGGGGGAGGGAUGAGUUUGUUCAGAGUGUCAAGGUCAACGAGCAGGCACAGGCACAGGCACAGGCACAGGCACAGGCACAGGCACAGGCACAGGCACAGGCGCAAUCUCAAACACGGACGAACACACAAACUUUGGAGUGGGUAUGCAGUGUACAGAGCCACGACGAAGAAAACGAAACAAACACCAUCGAUCAUGUCACUCAUGGUGCCAGCGACUACGCCAACAACACGGACAGCAAUAGCAACACCAAUACCCCGUCUACUCGCUCCUCAGCACCCAGCCCGUCCUCCUCCGCAUACCCCAGCCCACCCUCGAGCCCGGACCUGGAAGCUUCACGGCGCUCGAGUCCCUCCAGUGGAGAGGAGUACAUGAUGUAUCCUUCGCCGCCGGCGUCGCCUGUACCCGUACCGCAGCAUCAGGGUACGGUAUCUCUGGGGAAUGGAGAUAGAGAGUGGAGGAGAAGAAGGGCUUUUUCGUCGCCGUCGCCUGCGCCCGCACCGCCGAAGUUGAGGAGGCGGAGCGCGACGUUGGAGACUGUGGGGUUUGAGUACGGAUAUGGUGGGUUUGAACUUGGAGAGGAGGAGUUGGGUGGUGGGUCGGUGGGCGAGGGAGAUGGGGGGAGUUGGGGUAUGGGUAUGGGGUUCGGUGGGUGGAGUAUGUAUGGUGGGAGGAUGGUUCUGGAUGAGGAGGUGGAGUUGGAGGGUGAGAGGGAAGGGGAGGUGGAGGCGCGAGGGGAAGUGGUAUAUGGUAGUGCGGGGUUGGCGGUUAGUCCUCGUGCGAUGGGAAUGGGGGGGAGAUGUGGUUGUGGGCAUGAGGGGCGGGGGUCGGGUUUGGGGUUGGGGCUGUAUGUUAUCGAGGAGGAGACGGGGGAGGAUGUGGAGGGGUAG